AAAAGAAUCUCUUGUUCUAUUAAAAUUUACAUUAUUAACAUAUCCGAGAUAUGUAGUAUCCCAUUUCUCCGCUUCUUUGUUCAGUUGCCUAACAUUACCCAUACAAGCUAUAAUGAGUCUACGAGACUAUCUACACCGACUGUAAGAAUAAUGACUCCUUUUAUACGAGAUGAUGGCAACUGACCCGGGAACAUAUCGUAAUCCUUUGUAACAAGGUAUCCGCUACAGUCUUUUAAACUUUGGAGGAAAGCUAUGCGAUCACCUCCUCUCCAUUCGGAUUCAAUGCCAUUAGCGGUGGAUGGAGUAGCACAAUUAGAGAAGCUACUUGGCAUCGUGCAUCGAUCGGAAGAUCCAGCUGAGGAUUUGCUAAAGCAUGCAGGGUUCUCAAUACAAAAGUGUGUAUCUUCGGUCCAAGGAGCAGGCAAUGGCGUGUUAUUGCGUGGUCGUUGCCAGGCAGGGCAAAUUGUUUGUUUAUAUCCAGGCACCGUUUAUAUGCCAUUCGAGCCUCUGCUAUUCGCCAGCAUAGCCAACAGCUACAUACUAAGAUGCUACGACGGUUUAUUUGUUGAUGGCAAAAGCACAGGACUGUCCGCUAGAAUAUUUCGAUCCAUAUACCAUCGUGAGAAUUGGCCUGGUGCUAUUCAGACGAGUGAUAUUACCUGGAUAACGGAUGAACUCAGAAACCCACUUGCAAUAGGGCAGAUUGUUAACAAUGGCACUUCUACGUUUCAUCCCAACGUACAAUAUCACGAAAUCGAUUUGCCACCGAGCUUCCCCACUGAGCUACGCCAAUACCUCCCCAACAUAUACUGGAACGGACUCAACACAAUGACACAUUAUACACGGGUUGUAGCGCUAAUGGCUACUAAAGAUAUUAAGGAUACCGAACUUUUUUCUACAUAUAUGGAUACAGUAUAGUCUAAAAAAGACAUAUAAUAAUAAGCAAAUAAAAAAGCCUCCGUUU